AAGCUAAAAUAAACUUUGCAAAACGUUAUAAUAAACGAGUUGUAGUUAUCAAAGUGCCUAUGAAAUCACUGCUCAUUUUCUUUAAACGUUUUAAACCAGUAAUGGAACCAGCUUCUUUACGAGCAUGUGGAAUCUUUGGAUGUGCACUUUUGUUUUCUCGAGCAAAUGGAUCUGGAGUGCGGAACAGUUACGUAACCCGCGGAAAAGAGAUGCAUCUUCGUGGUAAGAUGCUGGGGAAAUCUGUUGAGAUACGAGAGAGAAACACAGAGAGACUUUGUGGUGGUUGGAAAGAGGUGUGUCGGACUUCUUGAACAACGUUGGUGGAGGAGGAACGAAUGGUUCGGAUCGGAUCCGAGAGCGAGCAGCCGAUGUUUGUUCCACGGAAAGCGGUUUCGAUGCUUUCGUAAAUGAGAGAAUUGUACGUAAUUACACCUGCCGCUCAAAACUGGUUUCCACCUUCCUCCUGGUCUACGGCAUAACUGCAUAUCGCGAGUUGGAGUCGUGGAGCUCACCGGUUCCUUUUUUUUGUUACCUGUCGCACCGCAAACGGCGUGAAAGAAGAGCGGACGGAAGGAAGGGACAACAGAUAUACGCCACUUUGAUAAUACACCGCGAUUACGAAUGCGCCGCGCGCGAUAACGGCAAGAUAAGGCAGCACUUAAGUAUGAUAAGUUGGUCUCCUCGGAGGUGAAACAGUGGCAAAGUACAUCCCGUAUACACCUAGUGAUUUUUUUUCUUGUGGACAGUACCUUAAAGGAAUAUGUUCAAGAAGAAUAGACCCAAAGCACCUCCAGCUCCUUCCGCUGAGUACGACAACAACAACGGCGGCUCCAGAUACCCACCUCCGCAGAGCAAUGGCAAAUCAUCAUCCUCCGCAUCCAAAGGCACGAAGCUGGUAUUCAAUUGCCAACUAGCAGAUGGAAGUCCCACGGGCUUCGUGUCAGGAUUUUCCAACGUCAAGGAACUCUAUGAGAAAAUCGCUGAAGAAUUCGAUAUUCCCACGUCAGAGAUAUUAUUUUGCACACUGAACACUUAUAAACUGGAAAUGAAGGAGUUGUUGGCUGGACAAAUAGGCUUAGAAGACUUUAUAUUCGCACACAGGAAAGGUAGAGCAAAGGAGGUGGAAUUGGUGAAAUCGGAGGAUGCGCUCGGUCUGACGAUCACUGAUAACGGUGCCGGUUUCGCCUUCAUCAAAAGAAUCAAAGAUGGUUCUGUUAUAGACAAAAUUCUUCACAUUCACGUUGGUGAUCACAUAGAGAAGUUGAAUGGAGUGGAUAUGGUCGGGAAGAGGCAUCAUGAGGUUGCGAAGAUGUUGAAAGAGAUUCCUCUGGGAAGUAGAUUCACCAUCCGUUUGGUCGAACCUCUGAGGUCGGGCUUCAACAGUAUCGGUCCGAAAACCGGAAGAGGAAACGGAAAGAAGAAUAUUGGUAACGGAAAGGGCACGUUGAGAUUCAAAGCUGACGGAAACGCUGAAAUCGUUGAACAGAAUGAUCAGGUUGAGUUGGGUAUAGAGAAGAUCAACAGCAUCUUGGAGAGUUACCUUGGCAUCAACGACUCUGAAUUGGCUAGGCAGAUCUGGGAUAUGGCUGAGAACAAGCUCAGCUCGAUGGACUUUGCGACGGCGAUCGAUGAUUCCGAUCUGGAGACGUUCGGAUUCUCCGAUGAGCUGAUCAUCGAAUGCUGGGGCGUCUUCACCGACGCGAGAGACGGCAGGCUCAAAUAAGAAUUAAAUUUAAGUUGUUGUUUUUUUUUGUAUUUGAAAUUUCAAAUGUGCCAGACAAUGUAUUAUUAAAUAUUUGUAUAUCGUUUCGUUGCGCCGCCAAAAUUCCGAAAAAAAAAACCUAACACGUGGAACGUGCCCUUUCUCUACAUUCCUACAGCUUCUAAUCUUUAAAUUUUAAGACUUAUUGUACUUUACACUUUUUCUUAUACAUGCAAUAACAGAUUCUUCAGAGUAGCUAAGUUCUAUUAGAACUGUGUGCAAUAUUGUUUUUUUUAUAAAAUAAAAUAUACAUAGUGUAGUAAA